UGGCACGUAAAAGUGCUAGAGGCGUCUCCGGGGUGGUGUCGGGGAAUCCGGACCGAGUGAUUUCUGGGGAGAGCAGUAGAGACGUAAUCUGGGCUAGAGGGGCCGGAGAGGAAAACUAAGGAGAUCGGUAUAUUGAGUGGCUAGAGAGGUCGAAGGUAAGUGGCUGUAGAAGUCAGGCGGACUCGGAAUCCAGAAGAAUCGGGACCAUGACUUAUGCUUAUCUCUUCAAGUACAUCAUCAUCGGGGACACAGGUGUGGGGAAGUCGUGUCUCCUCCUGCAGUUUACAGACAAGCGGUUCCAGCCUGUCCACGACCUCACAAUAGGUGUGGAAUUUGGAGCCCGUAUGGUCAACAUUGAUGGAAAACAAAUCAAGCUGCAAAUCUGGGAUACGGCUGGGCAAGAAUCCUUCCGUUCUAUCACCCGUUCCUACUACAGGGGCGCGGCCGGAGCGCUGCUGGUGUAUGACAUUACAAGGCGUGAAACCUUCAACCACCUGACCUCAUGGUUAGAGGAUGCCCGGCAGCACUCUAGCUCCAACAUGGUUAUCAUGCUGAUUGGAAAUAAGAGUGAUCUAGAGUCUCGCAGGGAUGUGAAGAGAGAAGAAGGAGAGGCCUUUGCUAGGGAGCAUGGACUUAUAUUCAUGGAAACUUCAGCCAAAACAGCCUGUAAUGUUGAAGAGGCCUUCAUUAACACAGCCAAAGAAAUAUAUAGGAAAAUCCAGCAGGGUUUGUUUGAUGUCCACAAUGAGGCAAAUGGCAUCAAGAUUGGGCCCCAACAGUCAAUAUCAACAUCAGUGGGACCCAGCGCUUCCCAACGGAACUCUCGUGACAUAGGGUCCAACUCUGGCUGCUGCUGAACAUAUAUCCUGAGCCAUUCCUGGUACAGCUGCAGAUCAGUAGGCUUAAAGAAAGAGGUCUUACUUGCUUUGGCUGAGAGAGGCCUCUUUUCAAGGUGUGAUGCUUUGCCUUUCUACUAAAGGACCAGGAGAGAAUUUGGGCCCUUAUGACCUGUCCUUCUUCAGGGACAUGAGCAUUCCUUAUAGAUUAGGCCUCUUUCUUUAAUUUUUAAAAUGUUAGAUCAAAGUUACUGUCAGUAGUUCAAAAACAAAUACUUUCAUAAACAUAUACAAUAUGCUCCCCACCAAGAAUUAGUAACAAAGGUCAAAGACAUUCUGCUUGAAUACUUGUGAUUCCUAGAAUGUGGCUAGAACUUGGCUUCUCCGCCUAGGAAUUUCAUUGUAUUUAUUACUUCUUUGCCUUUGGGGGUCUACUUGCUACUUCCUAAGAGUUCUUGCAGAAGGCAGUUCCUUCUACUUGCUCAAGGAAGCGAAGUAUGUCCUUACUAGCCCAUUGCCAGUUUUUGUCUGUUAGAGUAGGUGUAAAAGUUUUAAGAGCAUUGGAGUUGGUCCUGGACCUCAAGCCACUUAUUAUUACCUAAAGAAAACAUCUGUUUUUAUUUUGUUUUAGGGACCAGAUCUAACAUUGCAAUGUUUUUCACCAAAUAAACUUUUGUUGUUUCAUCAUACUCAACUUAACUAGACCUAAAUAGACUUUCUACUGCAAUCAAGCUAACCUGCUUUCUGCAAAUGACGUAUUUAUUCCUACUUCCAUACCUUUGCACAUGCCCUACUCUUCACUAGCAUUAUACUUAAAAGUCCCCCAAUUUUUUCUUUAAGAAGCUUUCAGUGACUGACCGAAGGGACUUUUAAGCGAUUAUUGAUGAAGUAACAUUGACUUCAUGUUGGUCAUUCAUAUGUAUAUUUAUCUAUAUAUUGCUCUGUAAAUAUGUUUUGUAGUUGUUUUAUGUAUGGAAUCUGUCUCUCCAUAGAGCUUAUAUGAGAGCAGGAUCCAUGUCAUCCCUUUAUUUUUAUAAACCACUCCCCCGCCAUUUCUUCACAAUGCCUAGUGCUUUGCAUUAUGUGAUCAUUGAAUUUGACUGACAUGCUUUAAAACGUAAGGUUUAUUUUAGACUUUAAAAGAAACAAAAGGCCUUAAAGUGAUCUCUUUGUAAGUCUAUCUCAGUCUCUUACAUUGGCUUACCACGGGUAUGAUAUAUUGUUCUCCCUUUCUUCUCCCUUUCCCUGGCGUUUUGCCUACAUUCCAUGUGGCAUUCAGUAAGGCCUGCCACCUCCCAAUCAGUUAAAUAAGUAGGAAUUUCUUCAGCUAUUCUUUUCAUAGCAUAUAAUUCCCUUAACCAAAUUUGCCUUUAUUUCACUUACCAUGCAGUUUUCUGGGUGAGUUUCUGUAUCUUUUUCCUUGAUGUACCAUUCUCUUGCACAGCACUGAGGUCUCAUGAAUUUUUAUAUUGUUCAUUGUUGUUGAUGAAUUGUUUUAUUAUUAAAUAUAUACGUGUAUCCAA